GUUACGUAAAAAAUACGGCGAGCAAUGAGCUUGGCGAAGGAAGGUGCAGCGUCACAUAGGAAUCUUUCUUCAAGUAGAUGGUGGCGUCGCCCUCGAUGGAUGCUCCUCGGAUGCAUGGGAGUGCUCAUGGGCGUCCAAGUGCUUGUCACCGUGGUGGGUCUCUCCCGCGGUGGCGGCAUCUUUCGUCGACCGGCCAACAACUACGCCGACUUCGAGCCCGACCUGUUGCACCUGAAUCACUUGAACGACCUGUGUCUGCACGAGAACAACUCGAUCAUUCCAUGGACGUACAACAGUCCAAAGGAAUCCCGCGCAGCGCAUCUUCUAUCCAAGGACGCGCCAUUAGCCGACUUGCUCGCGGAACUCGCGCGGUGUCCCGAAGUGGACGUUCUCCUGCCCGAUCAUUUACACGGACACGGGUACUGCGAAGAUGCGAUGGUGUACGUCAAGUACUUGCACACUCGAUCGUUGCCCCUGUGGGUGUUUGACCUCGAGUUUACGCUUGACGGCCGCGUCCAGACGUACUUUGACUUGUGUCCGCACUCGGCCAUCUUGUUCCUGAAUCACUUUUGGGAAGGAUUGCAUACUCGUCCGACGUUUCCCCCCAAUAAGACAGUCAUAAUGAUGCCCAAUAUUGAAAUGUACGAGCUCACACCAGCCCACUACCACCGCGCCGACAUCGUCUUGGCCAAAACACAAGACGCCCAUCGCCGCAUCACUGCUUGGUAUGCUCGGGAAGGUAAUAACCCGAGAUAUUCAAAGGUCUGGUACACUCAGCACACAUCGAGCGACCCCACCGCGCUAGCCCGCGCCCAGUCCAAGGCGGCUCCAUCUACCUUUGGCUCGAUUCGCCCCAAGGACUUUACGAAUUUGCGCGUUUUUCACGCGAAUGGCCACAGUUGGCAGAAAAAUACGCCGAAAAUCCUCGACUGUUGGAACGAGCGACCAACAUUCCCGUAUUUAAACGUGUAUUCCAAGGACGAACUGUCCAAUCGCACGUAUUGGACGCAUUUUCGGGAUAAAACGCCGUCGAAUUUGGCGUACCACCUGGGCGAAGACAUUGACCCUGCCGCGUUUGGCAAGCUCAUGGCCGAAGCCAGCGUGAUUCUGUGCCCGAGUACGAUGGAAGGCUUUGGCCAUUACAUCAACCAAGCGCGGGCGGCGGGGGCGUUGGUCGUGACUACGAAUGCCGCGCCCAUGAAUGAGUUCGUCGAUGAGUCGUCUGGCGUGCUCAUCGGCGCGUCGGCACGGGGGACGAACGGCCGCGUGAUGAUGGGCGAUGGAACUGAAUGGGACGUCGAACCCAGCGCCAUUUGCGCCGGAAUGGACCAAGUGUUAGCCAUGACUCCAUAUGCGCGGCAGAGGAUGGCUCAAGAAGGCCAGAGAAAGUACUUUGACCAACUGGGGUACUUUCGAUCGCAAAUGAAUGACCUCCGCGACUGGCUGCGGCGGUAUCGGCAGUAGGAAGAAGAAGCAAGUAGACUUGUACGCUAUAGUAGCAAUACCUACCUGUAUAUGUAUGUAGUAGUACAUGCAUAACGGUACUAUGGAUUACAAGUAUUAUGUGGUAUUAA